CCUCCCCUUUCUCUCUCUCUCUCUCUCUCUCUCUCUCUCUCUCUCUCUCUCUCUAUCUUUCUCUCUCUCACUGAGUUCAUAUCUUUGCAUGGCUGCCCUUAUCUCCCUGUCCAUAACAUAAACAAAAUAUAUUUCCAUCUACAGUUUCUAUUUCCUCUCCCCUUUAAAAGCCAGCCCUUGUCCAUCUUCUAGACCAAACCCUCACACACCAUACCCUCUAAGUUCAAGCCAAGCCCCCCUCUCUCUCUCUCUCUCUCUCUCUCUCUCUGACACUGAACAACACAUCUCUCUCUCUCUCUCUCUUCUCCACAAACUAUUUAUAUAUAUUCCAUCCGGUCUUGUGUUCCUCCCCUUCCUCCUUUAAAAUGUCCAGCAGGAGAUCCCGUUCCAGGCAGUCGGGAGGUUCGAGAAUCACUGAAGAUCAGAUCACCGACCUCGUGUCCAAGUUGCAGCGGCUCGUUCCUGAGAUUCGCAACACGCGCUCCGAUAAGGUGUCCGCGUCGAAAGUGUUGCAGGAGACUUGCAAUUACAUACGGAGCUUACACAGAGAGGUGGACGACCUGAGCGAGAGAUUAUCGGAGCUGCUGGCUUCACCGGAUACUGAUAGUGAUCAGGCAGCUAUUAUAAGGAGCUUACUUAUGUAAUAAAUAAAUAAUAAAUAAAUUACCACCUUAAUUAUGUUUCCUCCUCCUCCUCCUCCUCCUCCUCCUCCUCCUAUUCCAUUACCCUCAUCAGUUCUAGCCUUUUUUAGGGUUUGGUCAAUAUAUAUAGGCCAAAAAGAACAAGAGUGUUUCUAAGUGAGAGCUAGCUAGCUUUUAGCUCCGUGGGACCUCUUCCUGAAACCUUGUAGCAAGUUCAUUGACUCAUAUGUCAUUUCUAUAAUGAUAAUAUAUAAUUAUUAUUGUUAUUUUAAUCA